AUGCAUGCACUAACAACUUCCAUUGAUUCAGAUGGAUUUCCCUUAUAUAGAAGAAGAGAUUCGGGUCACACAGUUGUGAAGAAAGGUGUUACAUUGGACAAUAGGAGCGUCGUUCCAUACAACAAAAAGCUUCUUAAAAGAUAUCAGGCGCACAUCAAUGUCGAGUGGUGCAAUCAGGGUGGUUCAAUUAAGUAUUUGUUUAAAUACAAUAAUAAAGGACCAGACAGAGCGACUGUUGUUGUUGUUGAUUCAGAUAAAGGAACUGAAGAGGAGAUCUCCAAAGAUGAAAUUCAUGAAUAUUAUGAUGCUAGAUAUGUUUCCGCAUGCGAAGCAAGCUGGAGAAUAUUUGCCAAUGAGGUUCAUUAUAGGUAUCCGUCUGUUAUGAGAUUACCUUUUCAUCUUCCAAACCAACAAAAUGUUGUAUUCAGUGGUGAAGAUGAUAUCGAAGAUGUCCUAAACAAACCUCAAGUAAAUUCCUCAAUUUUUCUAGGAUGGAUGAACAUGAACAACGAUUCUGAACCUGAAGCAAGGGAACUUACUUAUGUUGAGUUUCCAGGAAAAUAUGUCUGGAAGUUAAAGGGUAGGUGUUGGCAGCCGCGUAAAACUCAUGUUUCGGUUGGGAGAAUUUAUUCUGUGUCUCCUUCUCUGGGUGAGGCUUAUUUCCUAAGAAUUCUUCUCACUAAAGUUAGAGGACCACGAUCCUUUGAAGAAAUCCGAACCUAUGAUGGUGUUGUGUAUCCUACCUUUAGAGAUGUGUGUUAUGCACGUGGGCUGUUAGACGAUGACAAUGAAUAUAUUGAGUGUAUUAAAGAAGCCAGUUUCACAGGAAAUGACGAACGUAUAAAGAAUAUAAUGUUGUCUAAAAUUGAAAAAUAUCUUCUUCGUAAUGGUUCAAGUUUGCGCAGAUUCUCACCAAUGCCUGUUCCUGACGAUGAGUCUGUAAUAUACGAGAGCAACCAUCUAAUAAACGAGGAGAUUUCUUGGGACACUGAUCAACUUAGUGAUGAGUUCAAUAAUCUUCAUAGCUCUUUUAAUGAUGAUCAAAGAGCAGUGUUUAAUGAGAUUAUGGAUGCUGUUCGAAGUGGGAAUGGUGGUGUUUUUUUUAUGUACGGUUACGGUGGUACAGAUAAGACCUUUCUGUGGAAAACAUUAGUUGCUUGCAUUAGAUGCAAUGGACAGAUUUUUAUUAAUGUUGCUUCAAGUGGUAUUGCAUCAUUGUUGUUGUCACGAGGUCGUACGGCACAUUCACGAUUUCAUAUUCCAAUUAAUCUUAAUGAAGAUUCGGUUUGCCAUAUUAAACCUAAUACUGAAAUCGCUAAUCUUCUAAACGAAGCCAAGUUGAUUAUUUGGGAUGAAGCGCCAAUAGUACACAAACAUGCUUUCGAGGCUCUUGACCGUACAUUGAAGGAUGUUUUGAGUGUUGGUGAUUCACGAAAUUCUGAAAUUCCAUUUGGUGGAAAGGCUAUUGUCUUUGGUGGUGACUUUAGACAAAUCCUACCGGUUGUUCAAAAUGGAAGCAAGCAAGACAUCGUACACGCCUCUUUAUGUUCAUCCUACAUUUGGUCGAGUUGCAAGGUGUUAAAAUUGACAAGGAACAUGCGUUUAUCUGUUGGAGCCAGUAGCUCAAACAUACAGGAGAUACACGAGUUUGCUAAAUGGCUUCUUGAAGUUGGCGAAGGCAAUGUUGGUGAUGGUAACGAUGGCGAGGCAACUAUAGAAAUACCAAACGAUCUUUUAAUAACUGAUUCAACUGAUCCAAUUCAAAGUUUGAUCGACUUUGUAUAUCCUUCAGUUCUUGACCGUUUUAAAGAUCGAGACUACUUUUGUGAGAGAGCCAUACUCGCGCCUAAGAAUGAAGUUGUUCAUGGUAUCAAUGAUCGUUUGCUUGCAUUGUUUCCCGGUGAAGAAGUAGAGUAUCUUAGCUCGGAUAGAUUACCAAAUCAUAGAUUGGUAUUAAAGUUGGGUGUUCCAGUGAUGCUUUUGAGGAAUAUUGAUCAGCAAAACGGUUUAUGUAAUGGUAUGCAUCUUCAAAUUACACAUCUUGGUAAACGUGUUAUCGAGGCUGAGAUAUUAUCGGGAGGUAAUGUUGGUUUAAGAACUUACAUUCCAAGAAUUAACAUGAUACCGUCUGACAAGAAAAUACCCUUCAAGUUUCAACGGAGGCAGUUUCCAAUAAGCGUAUGCUUUGCGAUGACUAUUAACAAAAGUCAAGGACAAUCUCUAUCAAGAGUCGGUCUUUACUUGAGAGACCCUGUAUUUUCACAUGGCCAAUUGUAUGUUGCGUUGUCGAGAGUGAAGACUAAAGAUGGCGUCAAGCUUUUAGUAUUUGACAAGGAUGGAAAGCCGACAAAUAAAACGACGAACGUAGGUUAA